AUGGGGAUGACGCAGGCGGCGCAUGACAGAGAUCUCUCUCUUAACGUGCGCCGUGAGACCGUCUUUCAAACGCUUCUUCUGGACGACUUUGAUCGCAACGCUUUCGCCGUUGUUGUGAAGAUCCUCCGCUUGGUAGACUUUGGCAAACGCGCCGCUCCCGAGAAGUGGACCGAGAUCGUAUUUUCCGAACAAGGCCGAUUGGUUAUCAUCUCCGAUGACGUUAACGAUGAUGGAGUCAGAAGAGUCUUCGGCCAUUUAACAAUAAACGCAAAUUGA